UGUUCGCGUCGAAAUGCAUGAGCAAAGCCUCAGCGUGUAGAUGGGACAUUUAGCGUGACGUGUCGUGCCGCGCAUUCCUGUCUUCGUGUACGAUGGUCUCCGCUGUUAAUGAACUUCAGGAUCAGUUGCUGCCGGCUCACAAGCGCCGCACGGGGCGGAUCGCGAGUCUCACCGAGUUCCAGCAGCGCGCUGCGUCGUACGACCACGACGACACCGAGGAGUUUUUAGUUGAUUUGGACGCGCACAGUGAAGACUCAGACUUUCUGAAUGCUUUCCGCAAAUAUGCGGCGCAACGAUCCAUGUCCAGUGGCUCGCUCUUCGGUGGAGAGCGAGAGCGCGCCAAGAACAAGCGGAAAUACUACCGACGACAGCUCAAAGCGGUGAGCUUCUUGGUGCUCUUGGGGGUGAUUGGAGGACCAUUGAAUUAUGGGAUCAGAAGUGUGUGCCAGGAGCUGCUGGAUCUGAGAGAUACGAUGGUUAACCAGACGACAUCGGAGCUGGCACGGUACUUCAUUUGGACAGGUCACACUGUGGUUUUCUCUUUCGUUGGUCUACUUAUCACAACGAUAGCCCCUGUGGCUGCAGGUUCGGGUGUUUCACAGAUGAAGGCGAUUCUCACAGGAAUUGAUCCGAGAUUGUAUCUUCCUGGCUACUUCGACUUCACUACGUUGGUGACCAAGAUUCUGGGCCUUAUUUGUUCGGUUGGUGCAGGUCUCGUGGUAGGCACAGAAGGUUGCAACGUGCACAUCAUGUCCAUCGUGACGCACCAUAUUCUCCGGUUGCCAUUUUACUGCGGUUUUAGUUCACACCUCAACGGCAGGAUCCAGCUCCUAGCAGCAGCGUGUGCAGUUGGUGUGUCGUCGUUGUUUUCAUCUCCAAUUGGUGGCGUGUUGUUCUCGAUGGAAGUCACAGCGACGUAUUAUCUCAUGUCCAACUACGUCAAGGCGUUCAUCAGUGCUGUGUCUGGAGCUGUGAUGCUUCGGAUGACACUAGUUCUAGCCGAAAGUACCUCCAAGCAAGCGACCACAGCGAUUCUAGCCACGUCUUUCGGUGGACACCCCUUCUCCAUCUGGGAGAUUCCAUUGUACAUGUUGAUGGGAGCGAUGCUAGGACUCAUGUGCAUUGUGAUGAUCAAGUUACUACGAGUCAUUGCGCAAAUUCGAAAGGAUUUACGCAAAUCCUCACAUACCUGGAAACGAGUAUUCGUCGAGUGGAUCGAUCCAUUCAUCGUCGCGGUAUUAUGCGGAACUCUGACGUAUGUACCGGGUGAGUUUGCUCACAGCACGACAAUUGACACGCUCUCGACGCUGUUUACCGAGUCGGAUCUCCCUGAUUCUUUUACCAAGUUCUCCAAGUUCUACACGCUCUCUGUUCUGCCAGCCAUCUUCAUGUUCCUGUUGCCAGUGUGUAUUUCACUCAAGAUGCCCACAGGCGUGUGGGUUCCAACGUUUAUCGGCGGUGCUGCUUUCGGCCGGUUAUUUGUAUCGGCGCUACACGCUUUGGCGGGAGCUGCUGCGUUUGGAGGUGCAGCCACGAAAGCAGUCUCGGUCGCUGUGAUCACCCUCGAAAUUACUGGUGAAAUGUCGUUGAUCCUCCCGAUCUUCUGCGCAGUGUUGGCUGCCAUGGCAACGUCAAGCUUGUUCAACGAGAGGUCAGUCUAUGAUACACUACUGAUAGUCAGCGGCACCCCGUUCCUCCCGAUACUGGACUUCGAACCAGAUGCUUGCGCUGGAGAUAUCGUCGAAGUAUUCACCGUAUAUAUCACGAAGAAUACAACCGUGGCAAGGCUGUUGUUGGCACUGCAUCGGCUUCCAAACCAGGAUAUUCCUGUUGUUCAGGACGAUAAAUCGAUGGUCUUGUUGGGGGUUGUCAGCUCUACGCACCUCAAGAAAUUCGUACGAGCGUAUUAUGCUGCAAACAGCCUCGAGGAAGUAGAACAGGAUCUUGGUGAAGAGCCCAAGUCUUCGUCAUCAGGUUUCUCUUGGGCUACACUGAUGGAUGUCGUCAGAAGCAACCAGGUUGGAGGACUGAACGGGAACAUGUCGGUCGAUGAGACGUACAGCGCUCUUACGUCGGCGGCUAAUCAUCUGGAAGGCAGUGCACCAAUUCCGUUCCUGAUGAACGACGAGAAGAUGUUGGCCUUAUUGAGCGAUGGAUGGUCCGCGUUCAAGCGAGCCAAAAUGAACGAUAGAGUCAAAAUCACGGAGGGUAAUGCCUGCGUUAUCCAGCCUGUUGGCAUGACGAUAUCGAGCAACACUUCACUGGGUGACGUUCACAUGCUCUUCACCAUGUUGCGCUGUGACCACUGCUUCGUAUGCAACCGCGGCGCACUUGAGGGUGUAGUGACCAUGAAGGGUUUGCUGCAUUCCGGAACGACUUAUUGCAGCAGCUAA